AUGGAUCUUCUUGGGGCGGGAGCAACUCACAGCGAGCCGGUAAAGAAAGGCAUCACCAAGGCCCUCGGGAAGGCCCAGAACAAGAGCUUGCGGAUCGUGGCGGGAGCCUUUAAGUCUACCCCAAUCCGUAACCUCGAGACAGAGACGUGGGUCCCACCAUUGGACUUGUACCUAAACAAACGGCUUGCCGAUUUCGAAAACCGACUCCAACGACCCGAUCUGGACGACGGUCGAGGCGGUAAGAAGACGGCGGCGAGCGUUGUCCUCACCGCCUGUCGCAAGAUACAGCAGAGACUUAGCUCGAGGAGGGGCAACAGAGGCCGACCGCGAACCUUGGGACCUCAAGGGCCUACGGCGGUGGAGAGAGCCGCGGGCACGGUCAUGCGCUGGACGGGGGGAACCGUUGAUACGAACAGGGUAGUAGAAGAGGCUUGGAAAGCGAGGUGGUUAAAGGAACGGGACGGCAGGGCAAUCUCCAGGCCGGCGGACGACUUUGACCAUCAGCGGGAGACGCUAUUUCGGAACGAAACCCUAAGGAGGCACGACGGUCUCAACAAGGCGAAGAGCUCACUGCUGAUUCAAAUCCGGACGGGAGCAAUAGGCCUACGGGACUUCUUGUUCACACGGGGAGUCCCGGAGGUUCUGACGCCUGCCUGCGAGUGUGGCGAGGGACGAGAGACUGCCGAACACCUAGUAGUGUGGUGUUUGGCCCCACCGUUGGCUCGAAGAUGGGAGAGGACUGUAAUUCGGACACGACGGGACUUUUACUCUGUUCUACACGGUAUCAAUCCCACGACUGCACGGCUCGCGAGGAGGAUCCUCGACUGGCUAAUGGACUCGGGGAAGCUGCCGAUGUACAGCUUAGCCAGGAGGCUCGAGCUGGAAACGGCGGCCUGA